GCCCAGAACCUCUUUGAGUUCACUGACUCAGGCUCACUUGAAGAGACUUAAAAGCUCCAGGCUGACUACUUGGAUUGAAAGUUGGCUGAGGUGCUUGAGUCGUCCACGAAGUUGAGGUCAAGAAACGUGGCCCAAGACAGAGAAAAGAGAGAAAGAUUAAAAAAAAAAAACAAAAAGCGGGAAUCUCUUAACAGCAACAACCAAGUGCACUGGAAAGAUGCAGAAGAAAGGCUUCAUCAACCAAAAGAAAGCAGCAGCACUGUGCAUUGUCCUAUUAAUGGUGGCUGAACAGGUGUGUGCAGGUCCUUUGGUUUUACAGGCUCAUUCCAGCUCCAUCCAGAGUGUAGCACUAAGGGGGUCACAUGCCGUCCACGCUCCGAAGAGGAUAGCUCGAAUGACCCCACUGUGGAGGAUCAUGAACAGUAAACCCUUCGGAGCUUACUGCCAAAACAACUACGAAUGCGCCACAGGGCUCUGCAGGGCAGGACACUGCUCCACAAUCAACCGUUCCCCAUCGGAGCCGGUGAACUACUAGACAUCUGAGGACACAACCAGCAUGUUCAUCCUGACGGGUUCUGAAAACUGGGAUAUCGACUCACCCAGGAAUCUUUUUUUCUUUUUUUAAAAUCAGAAUUUGUAUUUAUUUACCAGUAUAAUGAUAUCUAAAUGACUUUGUAAAUGCACCUGUCAGGCAAUUACUGCUCCACCUGAUGCAUUUUAAAUGGCCAACAAAGAUUCUCAAGCAGUUCAGUUGAAUCAGCAGGAGCUGGUGUGAGGGAAUGGGCUCCUCAAGGUGUUCCUCAAGCAGUUCAAACCUUCUAUGACAGGAUGAGUUUAAUCACAUAGAAAGUUGGAUUUCCUGUAUUUCUGUUACUGUGGAGCUUUUUUUUUUAUUAUCUCAGAGGCUGUGUUCCUGGUAGGUACCCUGGCCUUGAACUUAUCUCCAUGACUGACAUAACUUUUUAUUGACAGUCCCUCCUUCACUCUUAUCAUGAGACAACAAAACAUUUUUAAAGGAUUCCUACAAUCUGAACUCUGUAACUCUGAGCACAAAAGUUCAGACGUAGUUUCUAGAUCUUUAUGUUUGAAUCAGAUGUAACUGCUCUUUUUUUUGAGAGAGAGAGUGUGGCAAAAUCUUUUCACAUCAGAAAAGUUUUUCCAUGGUUAAACUAAAAGGCAAAGUGUAAAUGAAGAGUUUGCGAACCAAAACAGAGCAACUGAUGUGGUGCUGACCUUUAGCCUUCGGACACCGCUUGCUGUUGGGAAUUGUAUAAAGAACAAAGUUUGUUCCAGAAGUUGCCAAAAUAUUAGUCAACGAGCACCUGAAAAAAUAUUAUAAACUCAUUAUAAAAUCAUUUCGACCCUAAGAGCAGUUGUGAAGUGCAGAGCCAAAAACAGAUAUAGUAAAGUAGUAGAAAUUGCAUUAAAAGGGCUAUAAAAAUCCAAAGAAGGUGGAGCUACAGAACAAAAAGAUAAGAGGAAACAGGAGGAGAAGUUACAAAAGAUCAGUGCUUAUGUGCCCCACAUGUCUUUAUGGAUUUUCUGAUUCAUUCUUUUAAAAGUUAUUUUAUUUACACCGAUGGCUCUUGACAAAAUGUGCAAACACAGUUUAGAAUAAAAGGCAAUGAGAGUAACUGACAAUAUCUGUAGUGCAUGCAUAAUGAUUCUGGUAUUUUAUUUAUUUUAUCCUUUGUUUAAAUGUCAAAAUGUUCCCAUUUUCGUUAUAUCAUUGGUUCAUAUUUUAGAUUUUUUUUUUUUUUUUUUUUACAUUUAAAGCAGGAACUUUAAUGUAUCUUCAUGCUCAGACAAUCUUAACUCUGCAGUCUCAAAGUUGACUUACCUGUGUGCUGAGUGCACAAAUACUGGGAAAAGAUUCCUCACUAUGAGCUGCACAGCCUUGUUUUUUGUUUUAUUUUUAUUUUUUUGCACAACCGUGAAAUCCUGAAAUUUAUGAGGUGGUUGCAGAUUUACGUUCAACUCGCCUGCACAGUUUACUUCGUGCACACAGCAUGUGGAUGCUGAUAUUUUGUACGCUCAGGUUGCACUUUUAAACCCAAAUUAUCUUUGUACUGUGUACUGCUUACUGUACUGUGUUACUUACAUGUACAGGGCUGGAGAUGAAGUGAAAUAAAAGCUUUGGGGAAAAAAAAAAAAAAAAGAAUCUGAUGCAUCA